GAUCUAAAUGCAAUACAAGAGGAUCUCCUCCUGAAGCUGCUCUCAGGAUGGUCAGACAGCAGGGAAAGUAAUCUAGUGGAGGUAGAAAGAAAUGUUCCUGAUCCUCCUGAGCCCAAAAUGGCGCCAGUUGUGAAAUUCCCACGUCUGUCUCUGCGGGAACGGAAAGCACCCUGCAAAAAACUUCUUCUGGAAGACGUUCACUAUGUGCUAGAAAUCGUUGUCUCUGUUUUAUUUUUUUUUUUUAUUUAUGGAUUUGUGAGAUUGAUAAAGUUUGUAAAUAACAUGACAUCACCCCAAUGGGGGAUUUGUUAA